GUUGCUGGGUUUAAUGAUAACUCGGCUGUGGGGAGGGUUGAUUUCUUGUCCUUUAAGAGGUCCUAGAGGACGAAGAUUGGAUGAUGGGAUGUGAUGGUUGAUGUCUCGCGACCGAUACAGAGCUUAUCCUUUCGAACCCGGCCCCCUUCUUUCUCGCACGAUAGGGAUCGUGGGAGAGGAAGGGUGGGAAGGAAGGGAUUUCAAGGCAUGGACCUCGCCUUGCGCUCCACCUUGCAGUGCGAAGUUUGUGGGAAUGGGGUCUACGGGUGGAAAAGAGGAAAGAGGUAAGAGAGGUGCAAGUUGAUGGAUGGGUAUCUCUGUUCUUGAUUUCAGCUUCAUUUGUUAGGAACAUGUUG